CCCGGGACACACACACACACUGACAGACAAUGUUUCCCAUUACACUGUCACACUCACAGACAGCGGUUUUUUUUACACUGACCCAUCACACUAUCUAACCAACAGACUACUUUCCUAUUCCUACCGACAGAGAAAGGCAUCCCUGAUAAUACAUCAUUGAAACAGGGCAUAGAUCGCCAGUAAGUUCCUAAAUACAAAUAAGCUAAAAUUACUGCAGUUAUACCGUGAGUACACUGAAUAGGUCACAGCAUCCUGCCAAGCUCUGUUGACCCACCCUGUGUAAAUGUCAACGCCACAAUCUGUUUUUACUAACGCCAAGUUGUGCCACUUUGGUAUCACAAAUGUAGUUUUGUAAAUUAAUAGUGUGUCUUUACUUCUGUUAUUCUUGCAUAUUUUGUGUUUUUUGGCGAGAUGUCGAGGUUUUGCUCGUCACAUCGGUUAUUUUUUUUCAAUUUUGAAUAGUCUGUUUGUCUUUGAAAUUUCUUUAAACAAUUAGAAAAUUUCGAACUUUUCCCUCUUACUCUUAUUAUUUGGUAUUAUUAUUUCUCUCAAUUCAAAUUAUUCUUUGAAUUGUUUAUGUUUUUAAAAUACACUUGAAAUGACGAGAAAUAAAAUCCGUACAAUAGAAGUAACUAGAAAAAUCUCGACAUGUCGAACAAUAACUUGAAAUACCAAGAAAUUUCGAUUUAAAAGAAUACGAUUUUACACCCAAUGUGGCACCAUUAAGCUUCCGUAGCCUUUCAGCCUCCAUAGUAUGUAUAGCUAUUAUUAGGGAAAACAUUCAGAACAGUAUCGGACACGCAGGCAGACGUGAAUAUCCCAUUUGCUGACGGAAUUUCAGGUUUUGGUUAACACUGAUGCGCUGCCAUGGCCGUGAAUAUCCCUGGACUCCUCUGCGUCAUCGUGUUCUACAUCCUCAUCCUCGUUAUCGGCAUCUUCGCCUCUCGUAAACAAAGGAAUAACAGUGCUGAAGACACAUUUGUGGCGAACAGGAGCAUGGGACUAUGGCUGUCGUUCUUUACCCUGUCAGCUACCAACAUCGGUGGAGGCUACAUCAACGGCACAGCGGAAGCCAUGGCAUACAGCGGCCUCAUCUGGACCAAUGCGCCCAUACUGUAUUGCGUAUCAUAUGUUAUUGCGGCGGUGUUUUACGCACCCAAGAUGAGGAGCAGUGGCUAUAUCACGAUGCUCGACCCCAUUCACCAAAAGCUAGGAGAUGUUGCCGGAAGUCUGCUCUUCUUCCCGCAGCUUAUGGGAGAUGUUUUCUGGUCGGCCGCCAUCUUGUCAGCUCUCGGGUCAACCAUGUCCAUUAUCCUGGACCUCGACCCUGUCUUGUCUGUCAUCGUGUCCAGCUGUGUGGCCGUGUCCUACACCUUCAUAGGAGGCCUGUACUCUGUGGCCUACACUGAUGUCAUCCAGCUCAUCUGUCUUUGCGUGGGACUGGUUGUGUCAUGUCCGUUUGCCUUCUUCCACCCAUCCGUUGACCUGUCCAGAGUCCAGGACACGUGGCUGGGUGAGCUGCCCACAAACAUGAUCGGGAUAUACAUUGACUUGUCAUGUCAGGUGGUCUUUGGAGGCUUGUCGUGGCAAGCUUUCUACCAGAGAAUUUUGGCUUGCAAGACACCCAGUGUUGCCCGCACAAGUGCGAUUCUAGCUGCGAUUUGCAGCUUACUUGUUUCCAUACCGUCGGCAGCUAUCGGAGUAGUCGGGGCAGCAGCAGAUUGGAAUCAGACAGCAUACGUAGGCGAAGUCCCGAUACCACAAGAAUAUCACAGCUUUAUCCUUCCCAUGGUGCUCAACUACCUGUGUCCACUUCCGGUGGCAGUGUUGGGACUUGGUGUGGUGGCUGCUGCUGUCAUGUCAUCUGCCGACUCCUCUGUCCUCUCCAGUGGAACCAUCUUUGCUAAGAAUAUCUACAAAGAUGUCAUACGUCCGCAGGCAAGCGACCGAGAAGUGAUUUGGAUCUUGAGAGUCGGUAUCCUGGUGACUGGUGUAUUGUCGUGUAUCAUUGCCAUUUUUGUUAAUUCGGUCUAUGGACUGUUCUACUUGUGCUCCGACCUCAUGUACGUCAUCCUCUUCCCCCAACUCACCUGCGUUCUCUGGAUCGGGUUCACCAACACCUACGGCUCUCUCGCCGGCUUCUUAUUCAGUUUCCUCAUCAGAAUAUCUGGUGGGGACCCUCUGCUCAGCAUACCGGCUCUUAUCCACUACCCAUUUUACUCAGAAGCUGAUGGCCAAUUAUUCCCUUUCAAAACCCUGGCGAUGAUAGUCAACUUUGUGGCCAUCAUAUCUGUGUCAGCGUUAACUAGGCUUGCGUUCCGACGUGGGUUGCUGCCAAUCGGAUUAGAUUUGUUUAAUGUGAUGAAGAGAGAAGAGGACGCCAAGAGAGCUGAAGAGCGAGGAGAAAAUCUGAUGAUGAAGGAAAGAGAGGUCGGAUACACAGAUUUCGCACAAAAUAAAAAUAUGCCACUUCGGGAUAAUUAUUUUCAGUAACCACCAAGAAACAGUUUUGUGCUCGUUAUUAGUCAUGACCGCACUGGUAAUCCACAGAGUCAGUUGAUGGAGACCUCAACGUUCAACACAGGACUAGCUCUACUCGAAGAGAGGUUCAGUGUCAGGUUAAAUGAUAUUUCACUGGCCCAGGAGAAUGUUAACAACAGUGUAUCACAAACGUUGUUACAUUGAAUGAAAGUAUUUUUCUGUCAGUGGUAGUGAUGUAAUUCCUUACAAUGUCAGUAGCCCUAUCUCAGAGAAAAAUCUCAGUGUUCCAAUUUGUAUUUUUAGUAUCAAUAAAGUUGAAUCUACGUACUCA